AUGCCCCUGCCACUGCACACGGUUCUCAUCACCGACAAAUUCCGCAGCUUGCGCGACGACUACAGGCCGCCAAAAUACCCCAUUGUCUUGUGCCACGGGCUCUCGGGCUUCGACACAAUGACGCUCCUCCAGUUCCCGGAAAUACGGGCGUUCCCGGGCAGCAAAAAACCCGAGCACGACUUGGAGAAAGUCGCGGAGGAAGUCAACCCCAGCUCGUCCAUCAUGGUCAACUAUUGGCACGGGAUCGAGGACGCGUUGACGAAGGCGGGUGCCAAAGUGAUCACGGCGAAGGUGCCCCCUUUCGGCACCAUAGCCGACCGUGCUGCGCUGUUGGACGCGCUUCUCCGGGAGAAGCUCAGGGACCUCCCCACCGACUCUGCCGACGGCCGCGUCAAGGUCAACAUGGUGGGCCACUCCAUGGGAGGGCUUGAUUCGCGGUACUUGAUAUCGAAACUCCAGGGCCCCGAGUCGCCGUAUCGCGUGGUCAGCCUCACCACGAUCAGCACGCCGCACCGGGGGUCGGAGGUAGCGGACUUCGUGAUGAGCUACGUGGAAAAAGACCAGAUUCUCCAGGCAAUGUGCCCGAAGGCCAUUCCGCAGUUGACCACGUCGUUCAUGGCGGGUUUCAAUGAGACCGUGCGCGACGACCCCAGCGUGGCGUAUUUCUCGUACGGGGCCCAGAUGCGUCCGGACGGGCUCCGCUUGUUCCGGGCCACGUACGAGAUCUUGAAGUGGGAAAUCACCCGCAAGGGCGGCCUGCGUGUAGACAACGACGGCAUGGUCAGCGUGGCGCUGGCGAAGUGGGGGAAGUAUGUGGGCACUUUGGACGACGUGGACCACUUGGACUUGAUCAACUGGACCAACCGCAUGAAGGCCACUGUGGACCAGGCGAUGUUCCAGCAGCCGCCGGCUUUCAACCCGAUCGCAUUGUACUUGGACAUUGCCGAUAUGCUCAGCCGCCAUGGGUUCUGA